CCACAACUUUUGGAGACCCAGGAACCCUCUCCAAGCUCUCGCCGGUGUGUUUGCAAACAUCAGCACAGAGCAGCUGCCCUGGCCUGGUGUGCACCUCCCAGGCUUCUCCGUUGCCUCGCUCUGCGCCCCGUGUACCCCGGAGGCGUCCAGCCUUACUGGCUCUGAACUGUUGGCUUUCAUUUUCCAACCUAAGCACCUGGAGGCAUGGGCCACACGCUGAGGCCGGGAACUCCACUGCCCAGGUGUCUACACCUCAAGCUCUGCCUGCUCUUGGCGCUGGCGGGCCUCCACUUGUCUUCAGGUAUCAGCCAGGUCACCAAGUCGGUGAAAGAAAUGGCAGCACUGUCCUGUGAUUACAACAUUUCUAUUGAUGAACUGGCAAGAAUGCGCAUAUACUGGCAGAAGGACAAACAGAUGGUGCUGAGCAUCAUCUCUGGGCAAGUGGAAGUGUGGCCUGAGUACAAGAACCGCACCUUCCCCGACAUCAUUAACAACCUCUCCCUUGUGAUCCUGGCACUGCGCCUGUCGGACAAGGGCACCUACACCUGCGUGGUUCAGAAGAACGAGAACGGGUCUUUCAGACGGGAGCACCUGACCUCCGUGACACUGUCCAUCAGAGCUGACUUCCCUGUUCCUAGCAUAACCGACAUUGGACAUCCAGCCCCUAACGUGAAAAGGAUACGAUGCUCCGCCUCUGGAGGUUUUCCAGAGCCUCGCCUCGCCUGGAUGGAAGACGGAGAAGAAUUAACCGCUGUCAACACAACGGUUGACCAGGAUUUAGACACGGAGCUCUACACCGUCAGCAGUGAACUGGAUUUCAAUGUGACGAAUAACCACAGCAUCGUGUGUCUCAUCAAGUAUGGGGAGCUGUCGGUGUCCCAGAUCUUCCCCUGGAGCAAACCCAAGCAGGAGCCUCCCGUUGAUCAGCUUCCAUUCUGGGUCAUUAUCCCAGUAAGUGGUGCUUUGGUGCUCACUGCGGUAGUCCUCUACUGCCUGGCCUGCAGACACGUUGCAAGGUGGAAAAGAACAAGAAGGAAUGAAGAGACAGUGGAAACUAAAAGGCUGUCCUCUAUCUACUUGGGCUCUGCACAAUCCUCGGGCUGAGCAGAACAUCGCAAGGUCUCACCUAAAUUUGCAAUUGACCUCUUCCAGGAACUUGACCAGAUGGCCAGGAGGGUCUCACCUUGCCCUUCAUGGAUCUUUCCUUCAGUGACUCUGCAGAAAGCGUCUAGAGGAAUAUGGUGGACACAGAAGUAGCUCUGGUGACCUUGCACAGGGCUUUAAAACAAAAGAAUUCUUUAGGCCCAGAAGGGACUUUAGAGGAUACUUAGUCUCAUAAAUGACAAGGACACUGCGGCCUAGGUUGGGGAACUGAACUGUUAAGGUCAGAGCCAGAACCCAGAUCUCCUGGCUCUGGUGCUCUUUCCUUUCGCCUGUUUGACCCUGGGCUAUUAAGAGUGUUUUAUAUAUAUACACAUGUCAGUCAAGUGCCUCUCGAAAUAGAAUCUGUCCACCAUCAGGUCAACAUCAGCGACUUGGUCUGAUUUCCCGAUGAAUAUUGGAAAGAUUUAGUGUUGCUAUUUUUUUAAAAAUG